UUGCGUUCGUAUGUGUGUGUGUGUUGCUAUCAGAUCGGAGUGAUUUUCUUUGAUAUUUUGGAACGUGUGCCGAGCAACAUACCGCCAGUUGGAGGACGAACGUUGAAGCUUCUGGUACACUGCACAACAAAGUGUGAAAACUAAAAUAUAAUUCGCUUUGUCAGUACAGGAAAAAAAAUACUUGGUGAAAAUGAGUUCCGUGGAUGAAGAUCUGACACCUGAGCAAAUUGCAGUGCUCCAGAAAGCUUUUAAUAGCUUCGACCACCAGAAAACCGGUAGUAUCCCUACAGAAAUGGUGGCGGACAUUCUACGUUUGAUGGGCCAACCCUUCGAUAAGAAAAUUUUGGAGGAACUCAUCGAUGAAGUUGAUGAAGAUAAAUCAGGUCGUUUAGAGUUCGAAGAGUUCGUACAACUGGCUGCCAAAUUUAUCGUUGAAGAAGAUUCUGAAGCUAUGCAAAAGGAAUUGCGCGAAGCCUUCCGUCUUUAUGAUAAACAAGGCAAUGGCUUUAUUCCCACAUCUUGCUUAAAAGAAAUUCUGAGAGAGUUGGACGAUCAAUUGACCGAAGCAGAGCUUGAUAUUAUGAUCGAGGAGAUCGACUCGGAUGGCUCUGGCACAGUGGACUUUGAUGAGUUCAUGGAAAUGAUGACAGGAGAGUAAAAUUAAAUUCGAAAGGGUGUGUAUUGUCGUCGUCUCUAAGCUGUCCGAUUGAUCUUUGGGAUAUACUGCGAAGACGCAAAUAGAAAGUUGCAUAAUUGCUUUCCAAGCACUGGCGGGUGUCAAUCAUUUACUCAUAUACAUAUUCAAUAUAUAAAUUUGUACAUAAUAUGUACGUAUACUGUUGAGGCUUCAGUUGUUAUACUAACCAUUGUCUCUCAUAGAAAAUUAAAUAUUUUGGGUUUAAGAUUUCGCUAUUUGUUUAUUUGUAUACUGAAAUUUUGGUAAUCAUACUUUAAACGUAUACAAACACCCAUAUAUAUAAAAUAUUGUAUGUAUUUACUUCAUACGCCAUAAACAUGUCUUUGGUGUUCACCAAAUAUGUUGCCCAUAAAACUAAAAAACUUACGCAUUUAAAAUAAAAAGAUUUUAAUUGAAAA